UUAUUUUCAUCCGCCUCUGUAUUCUUGCGCAAUCAGUGUAAAAAAAGGAACAAAACGAACAAACGUACACGACUUGGCGGGAUGUAAAGCGUCGAUGAUCGAGUGGGGGGAGGGGAAAUUUCCCUCUUAUUAUUCGACCCGGCUUUCUAGGCAUGUUCAGUCUGAUGUUUCUUCGUGUCUCGUGGUAAUCCGAAUCUCGUGUUCCAAAAGUACAAAGCUGAAAUUGUUUUGACAAAAUGUUAAACUUUCUCAAUAAUUCGGGGAAAAACGAAGCCGAUAAUGGAUCGUACAAUAACACUAACAUACCAGUUACAUUGCAACAAGGUUUAUCUCUUAGCCCAUAUAUGAAUGUCGACCCAUCGUAUCUUCCCAUUAAUCAGCCAGAAUUUAUAUUUCCUGACGGUGCUGUGAAGCAGAGGGGUCGUUUUGAAUUAGCCUUUGGUCAGAUUGGAGCUGCAUGCAUAAUAGGUGCAGGAAUUGGUGGAGCGACGGGUUUAUACAGAGGCAUUAAAGCGACGUCUAUUGCCGGUGAAACCGGCAAACUCAGAAGAACACAAUUGAUCAAUCAUGUUAUGAAAGGUGGCGCCAAUAUGGCCAAUUCUCUCGGUGUGAUAACGAUAAUGUACACUUGUGCUGGCAUGGGUAUAACUUGGAUCAGAGGGACCGACGAUAGUUUCAAUACAGUGGGCGCGGCAGCCGCGAGCGCUGCAUUAUUCAGAUCUGCUGCUGGAGUCAGGAAAGCUGGUUUCGCGGCCGCUAUCGCGGCGGGUGUCGCAACGAUCUACAGCGUAUGGAACAACGGUGGCUUCUCGUCGCAACGUGUGAGGGAGUGGAAUACUUAUCGAUCGUAAAAGAAUGUGUACAUAACUAAUAGAAUAUUUAGUUAAAUUAUACUCCUAUAUAUUUCUACGGCACAUCUCGCAAUCGCUGACGCCUAGCGGCAGUCAAUCAUAGAGAUUACAAAGUCGAGGGAUGCUAAAGAGAGCAGGCUCUACGAAUCUCUUUGUAGGCCGGCUAAGGAGAAUAUAACAAGGAACAAAUUGUUCGGUGAGAAACCGCUAUUUUAAGGACCGAAGAAAUCACAUGACAAGCGCAUGUAUAGAAAAUACGCGAUACGUGUUGAUGUAAUUCAGACAGAAAAUUACAAGGUGAAGUAUAAUGAUUUGCGCAAAAUCAGAAUUUGAUCCGAGGCGUGUGUCGCGCGUCAAAUGCGAGAUGACACGCGUGAAGAAUUUUCAUUCACCAAGCGCUUCAUUUAUUCCGGUCGGUGAGAGAGAAAGAGAGAGAGCCGAUUUCUUCCGUGUAUAAAACCUCAGAAUUUUGUACCAAAGGUAGUAUCUAAUAACGUGUAAUAAAUGGAGGCUUGUGAUGGGAUUCU